GCUUGCUAAGUGGAUGUCGGGAUAGUAAAGUAGGCGACUGUAUAGUGAAUUAGUCGUCUGGAUAGUGGAUUACUCGUCUGGAUAGUGGAUUAGUCGUCUGGAAAGUGAAGUAGGCGACUGGAUAGUGAAUUAGUCAUCUGGAUAGUGAAUUAGUCGUCUCUAUAGUAAAGUGGACGUCGGGAUAGUGAAGAAAAGAUCUAAAAAAUGUUUGUUUUCCUGCUGAUGGUGAUGUCACGCUCCCUGCUGGCGUCUACGAUGGACAGUGAAGAUUGUGGGCCGCUUACGGAAGGCUCCGAGGUUACCUUUCUUAAUAAUAAUGAGGACAAGUUUUAUCUGUGGUACAAGGUGUCUGUGGAAGUCACUCAGAUCACCAUGACUGUGGAUCUUCACAUUAUGGGCAGCAAGUUGGAGGGGGUGAAACUAAACCCUUUUAGUUCAUCAAACACCGAACACUUCAUAAGGAUUUCUCUGCCUUCGAAAACUGAUGGAAUGAUGUUGAGUUCAAAAUUCACCAAUUACAUGUUUAGUCAAGCGGUGGUGACGAAAUUAACGAUAGUGAGCAACACCUCGGUGGAUUGGAUCAAGUGUUCGAAUGAUAAUUAUUUCCCCAGUCUGUCGCGUCACUAUGCAUCACGUAACAUUCUGUCCUGUGAUAGUUGUAUUUCACUGCUGAUGCACAGUGGGGUGCUGUUAGGUUCCUGUUUUUGACACU